AUGAACUUGCUGAAGGCCGUGAGGCGGCUGAAGCCUGGCUGUGUCCCAGCAGGAGUGAGCUGCCGCUGCCGCUCGCCAGAGGUGCCAGUGACAUUUGACGACGUGUCCGUCUAUUUCAACAACAAGGAAUGGGAGAAGCUGGAGGAGUGGCAGAAGGAGCUGUACAAGAACGUGAUGAAGGGGAACUACGAGUCACUGAUCUCCCUGGACUAUGCAAUUUCCAAACCUGGUGUUUUGUCUCAGAUCGAGCAAGGAGAGGAAUCGCGGGGCAGGAAUGAGCAGGACUUGGAGGAGAGUGAGAUCAUUACUGAUGCCACUGCAGCUGGAAUAAGGGUUGUGAUCAAAACGGAGGAGCUCCUUCCUGAAGACAGCCCUGAAAACCCCGAGCUGCAUGGGAUGUCAGGGCAGUCAGAGGGGAGCUUCCAGAGCCCAGAUGAGGAGGCAGCCUGCGAGAGCCCCUACGGCUCCGUCUCCCCUCCGAGGGACCUCCCGGGAACCAGCCUGGGGGACUCCUCCGAAUAUGGAGCUGACUUCAGCGAGAUCCAGAGAGUCAUCGUUCACCAUGGGAGCUGCACAGAGGAUGGGAUCGUGAUCAAGACGGAGGAGGAGGAGGAGGAGGAUGCCCCCGACACGCUGGAACCGUGCACCAUGUUCUCGGGCAGAACCGAGCCGCCGGCAUUCCCCAGCCACGAGGCUGGGCUGGGCUGUGAGGCACAGUGCAGCUCCAAGACACAGCCCAGGAGCCUGGCAGCCCGCGUGAGGAAACCCUCUGCCUGCGAGAGGGACUCCGGGGAGAUGAAGCCAGGCACUGCCCAGCAGCGAAACCGGACCAGGGAGAGACCCUACAUCUGCCCCGAGUGCGGGAAGAGCUUCAUGCUCAAGAUCAACUUCAUGAUCCACCAGC